AUCCUCGGGGCAGGGCGGGAUGGCCGCGCCUGGAACCGGCCCCGCGGCCCCGGGAGCGCCUUUCCCGGCGGGAAUGCCGCGGGAUAGGGGGGAGGAGAGCCGGGAGGCGCCGGGCUGGGUGGGCAGCGGCUUUGGGAGACCCUCCUGCAGGGCCACGAGGUGACGGACGGACAGACGGACGCGCCGGGAGGUGACAGCAGCGGCGCCGGCAUGGCAGCAAAGCGGAUCCCGCAGCUCCCGGCGCCCUCGGCCAGGAUGUUCCACCCGCAGGGCUGCAGGAGGAGCUUCCCCAGGGAGCCUGCUCCGUGGUGGGAUGGACCGUGGCCGUGUCCCCCUGAUGGCCCUCAGGAUGCCUGGGACAAGCCACCAUGGGAUGAACCACCCUGGGACAAGCCACCACGGGAUGGGCCACCACGGGAUGGGCCACCAUGGCAUGAACCACCACGGGAUGGGCCACCAUGGCAUGAACCACCAUGGCAUGAACCACCACGGGAUGGGCCACCAUGGGACAAGCCACCAUGGGACAAGCCACCACGGGACGGGCCACCACGGGACGGGCCACCACGGGACGGGCCACCACGGGACGGGCCACCACGGGACGGGCCACCACGGGAUGAACCACCAUGGGAUGAACCACCCUGGAAUGGGCCACCAUGGGAGCAGCAGCCCAGGGGACGCCGGUGCAGGAGGGGCCUGCCCAGCCCCAGAGCCUUCCCUGGCCCUGGGGACGUCCAUUGGAACGAGGAGGAGCAGGACAGGAGGUGGGCACCCCCCGAGUGUCCCCUGCCACCGCCCUGGCAUGACAGAGCAGCCGUGCCAGGAGCUGAGGGUGCCUUUGGAGAGUGCUGGUACCAGGAUCUACCUCCUGACCCCUGGCCUGAGUACCCCAAGGAGGAGCGGUGCCAGCCCUGCCCCCCGUCCGGCCCUGCAGGGAAUCCAGGGAAUUUCCACCAGCACCGCCCGCCCUGGAGCCACCACCCGGCUGGGACACGACGGAGCCGCCCCCGGCAGCUGCUCGUGGUGCCCCGGGCGUGGUGUCCCCGACCCUCCCGAGGGCACAAGCUGCGCUCCAAGCCCUCCUGUCCUGCCCCGUCCAGGAGGAGCCAGCCCGGGGCCACGAAGGAGCCGCAGCCCCCGGAGCCUCCCCAGUGCCCGGAGCCGCCCCCGGGGGCUGCAGAGAGGCAGGAGCAGCCGCAGGAUGUGCCAGCAGGGACUGGGGAUGUUCUGGAGCCCCCCAGCCCGGCCAGGAGCCCUCUGGAGAGCCCGGCUGCUGAUCCUGGUGCUGAUCCUGGUGCUGCAGAGCUGCAGGUGGAGCUGGCAGCUGGGCAGAGCCCCGUGGGCAGCCAGGAGCAGGAUCCCUGUGCUCCAGGAGCAGAUCCAGCCCCUCCUGAGGAGACCUCCAGGAAUCCUGAGAUCCAGGAGCACCUUGAGGUGGAGCCGUGCAGUGUCCCCAAGGCUGGCAGCGGUCACGGGUCCCCUCCCCGGAGCCCGGCAGCCCCUGCAGACCCUGCCAGGAGGGAAAUCCUGGGGUGCAGCUGCUCUGGGGCGGCAGAGCUCAGCCCUCCUUCCUGUGGCGCUGGGGAAACUGAGGCACGAGCUGCCCAGGCUGGGCCUCUGCAGAGCCUUCAGCCUCCUGAGAGCCCUCAGCUUCCUCCAGGACCUGCAGCAGAGCGCAGAGCCCGGCCCAGCCCGGCCUGCACCCCACCAGAGGCCUGCACAGCGCCCCAGAGCCUGCCUGGUGCUGGGGCCACCAACCUGGCUGUGUGUGGCCAGCAGCAGCUCAGCUCAGAGCCCCCCUCGCCAUUCCCAGCUGGAAUCGAUUCCCGCUCUGCUGCCGUGCUCAGGAGGAAGGCAAAGAUCGAGCUGUCGUACCAGCAGUUCAGCCUGAGCAUCGCCGUGGUGGCCACGAUGCUGCUGCACCAGGAGCCCUCGAUGGAGGCGGCGCUGGGGGUGGCGCUCAGGGCCAACCUGCGCCAGGGCCGCCUGCACCACCUGCAGCAGCUGGAGGAGUUCAUCGACAGCCUCGACUCCGUGGGCUCCAGCAGCCUCUGAGGGCUGCCAGCCCCUCCUGCCCUGGGACAGGGCUGGGACAGCGCCCUGGGGUGCUCAGGAGCCCGCAGGAGCAGCUGGGAGGCGUUGGCAGCCCCCGUGGAGAAGGAGGGUGAGCAGGAUGUGUUUGGUUUUAGCCCUGCCCAAAGCCCUGGGGGCAGCCAAAAGCGUCACUGGUUUGACUGGAGGGAGGGCAGCAGUGCCUGUCCCUCCUUUUCCUGCUGGCCAGGAGUGCGCCCCCAAACCCCAGGGAGUGUUUUUGGGUUUAAAUCUGCAAAUAAACCGUGUCCUUUUUGCA